AAGGAGGGGAAAGACGCGUACACUUGGAGGUGCAAGGACACUUGGCGGAGAGCUGGGGAAAAGUGGCAUGGGAAAAAAAUGAGCAAAGUAAAAAAAGAAACGAGAGAAGGGAGGGGAGACGAGAAGCUUCUCAUUCCCAAUUGCUUUAAAGCUGAAAUGAGGAGUGGGCGGGGGAAACGGGCUUCAGCCCAACAGAUCAAAUCUGACAGGAAAGACGCGCGCGUGCGCAGAUAACUUCAUGUCCAGUCAUUACUGCUUCCAUUCAAAUUCUUUAAUUCUUAUUCGUGCGUCCCCGCUGUGCUGUCCCGAUUAUUGUUUGAGCACGCAAUCACGAAGAGGCCCCUCCCCAAAUGCAUAGGUGGGCGUCAAGUCCAAAUGUAGGAUUGCGCACCUUGAGUGUAGUACCGCCACUGGCCAUGCAGGCAGCACUGAGCAAAGAGCAAAAAAAAGGAAACUGGUUCUUCCCACACAGCAUAGUAGUAGCAGCUGUUCGAAGUUUUAUGUUCAUUUUUGUUGGCCCAAACCAGACACCGAUUAGGCUUUUUUUUUUUAAAAAAGACAAGUGGGUCUUUGGCUUGCUGCAUGGCUGUGCCAUGUAUACGUCCUCUCGUCAGAGUACACCGUGCGGGCCGUGAUGUCACAAAGCCUGUCCGAGUCGUGGUUGCCAAGUCUUUGGGUGCCGUCAAGCCCUUUGUUACGGUCCACUUUAUUCUGUGCUGCGUGGGGACCGCCAGUCCAUAUAGAAAUCAGAGCUGCGUGCGUCCGUGUGUGGUCUCUCAUUCCUUGCAUGCUCUCGACCAUCUCUCCUCGCAGUUACGCGUGCCGGCUGGAUUGAGCUCAGGUCGUCCUUCUUAAGCCCGCAGAGUUAGUUGGUUAUUUGUUUGAGGAUGUUCGUGGCGGUACAAAGCCAGCAGCUGUCCGAGAACGAUCGCAGACUUUUGGCGAUGCAGGCCCUGUGCAGGACCCCCGACCAGGUGGCCUCCUUCCUCCCGGUGCUGGUGGAGUCCCCUCCGUUGCUGCCUCUUCCUCCGCCACCUACUGCUGCUGCUCGUGGGCCGUCCUCGUUUCCUCCUCCCUCCUCCUCCGCCGCCGCCUCCUCUUCCAGGCGCAGGCCCGCCGCCCGCUGGAGCGUCAAACCGCGCACCGGGCCGCAGAUUCAGAACGUGACGUCAUCGGUGAAGCUGGGCUGCGAUCUGGAUCUGGAGUUCAUAGCUCGGAACUCGUGGAACGUGCAGCACCUCUCAACGGUCUUCAAGUCGCUCGUCAUGAAGAUCCGCAAGCCGCAGACCACGGCCAGGAUCUUCCAGUCGGGAAUCCUUUUCUGCACAGGAGCCAAGAGCGAGGACGAAUCUCGGGUGGCUGCCAGGAAAUUUGCCUUCAAAAUCCUGAAACUGGGCUACCCGGCACGCUUCCUGGACUUCAAGGUGCUCAACAUAGGCGGCACGUGCAAAACCUUCCCCAUCAAUCUGGAGGAUCUCUUCUCGGCCAAACAGGAUCACUGCAGUUACGAACCGGAGCUAUUUCCUGCUCUGCAAUACAACUUCCGGCCCGGCAUGACGGCGUCCAUCUUUUCCUCCGGCUCCGUCUCACUGGUCGGGGCUAAAACGGAGGACGAGUUCUACCGAGCCUUCGGAACCCUGGACGCCAUUCUGAAAAACUUCCGGAGGACGUGAAUGACCCCCCCUCCCACUUGCGACAGUCGCCCGCGUUCUUAGUGUUAACGUCGCAUUAGCCGUGGCACUGUCGCAUAUGCCUCCCCUGAAAUAAAAGCAUAUAUCCACAGCAUCACAUCAUAUAUCAUGAUGCCACUUAACUGAACAUCUGUUGUCACCCUGACGCUCAAACCGGAGCAAUCUUUGAUUGAGCAAAGUGUUGCUUUGCUGCUAAAUUAUAUUUUAGCUCGAAUGAUCAUCAACAAUUACAAGUUGCAUUGUGAUUGUUGAUUGCUGUCUUCUUGUUAAGAUGUAAUUCUUGUUAAGAUGUAAUAAAGUGCA